GCCGCUUCUUGGUUCUAAUUCUCACUCGUGGCUGGAGAAGCGUACUCAAACGUUCGAGCCAGGAUGCCCGUUACUCCCGAUGCGAAAGCACGUUUCUUCACGUUCUGCGUCGCAGCAGCAUUCCGAUUAUGCCUGGGUGCCGCCUUUGACGAUGCUGGAUUGAGGCCCGGCGUCCCAGAUGCGUGCACAUACACGGUUGUAGAAACCAUCCCGGAAGGAGUGACCUUCAGUUCGGGAUACCCCAGGCAUCUUGCGACGUACGAUGCUUGGACGGAGCUGAUAAAUGUGUCGACAGCCGAGAUAAAGAUUGCCUCUUUUUACUGGACAUUAUCAGCCAAUCUCACUGCUUAUCCAUCCGCAGUUCUGGGUGCUCAGAUUUACCAUCACCUCCUGCACGCCGGAACAAACAGAUCAAUUGACAUAAAAAUCACCCAGAACGCACCAAGCCGAAAAUUUCCCAAUAUUGACUCCCAGCUACUAGCAGCAAAAGGCGCAGCCCACGUGCGUAGCCUCAACCUAACACGACUUGGUCACGAGGGCGUACUUCACUCCAAGUUCUGGACCGUAGACGGGAGGCAUGCCUACAUCGGUAGUGCCAACAUGGAUUGGAGGUCCCUCGCACAGGUGAAGGAGGUUGGUGUGCUGAUCAAAAACUGCAGUCGCAUCGUACGAGAUCUAGAGAAAAUAUUUGAAGUCUAUUGGGAAAUGGCGGAUGAAAAUUCUACUCUUCCCACGACCUGGCCGACCCCUCUUAGCACCACGAUCAACAGCAUGACUCCGGCGCAUUUCAACCUCAAUGGCACGAGUACACUGUCGUACAUAGCGAGUGCUCCCCCUUUCUUAACGACUGCUGGAAGGACGGAGGACAUUGACGCCAUUCUUGACGUCAUCACUAAGGCGAAGGAAUUUGUCUACGUCGCAGUCAUGAACUACCUGCCAUUAGAUUAUUAUUCCAAAACCAGAAGGUUUUGGUCUGUCAUUGACGAUGCGUUGAGACGCUCUGCCAUAGAAAAUGGCGUCCGUGUGCGCCUUCUGGUGUCCAAGUGGAGCAAGACAAAGCCUGUCAUGUGGAACUUCGUGGAAUCUCUCGCCUCACUUAACACCACUAAUAUCUCAAUCGAAGUCAAAGCUAUGGUGAUUCCUGCCUUCACAGAAGAGCAACGCAAGACCCCAUACGCUAGAGUGAACCACCAAAAGAUGAUGAUUACGGACAAAGCGGCUUACAUUGGAACAUCGAACUGGGAGCCGAAUUACUUCAUCAAGACAACAGGAGUUGGCUUGGUGUUAAACCAGAACUCAAGCGACUCCAUCAGGGGUGAACUGAAAGCAAUUUUCGAGCGAGACUGGAAUUCUAAUUUCACUUACUACGUCAAGCCAGGCCACAGAAGAAAACUCCAUUGAUUCCAACACCUCGUUGAAACUUGUUACUGCAUAGCUCUCUUCAUGUCAUCCCGAGAGUAGGUCAGUAAGUGCACUUCCUCUCAAACCUGCCUUUCAUUGCUCACUGUAAUGCCCGCAUACAGCUCCUUCUGAAUAAACAAAAACUCGUUAAGGA